AAGUUUGCACCUUCAGUACUUCGGCAAUACUCAAGCAGUAAAGAAGAACAGUUAGCAACCAGCAAUAAAGAAUUGUGAUUUCGAAUUCUAACAAAAGAGAUUUAAAGUAAAAUUAUAUUAAAGUAAUUAGAUUAAAAGUAAAAGAAAUAGGUGUCGAAAAUUAAGAACACAUUGAAGUUCGUGGGUGUGUGUGUGGUAUGGCCCAUCCGGCGAUGCGCUACAAUGCGCAGAGCAAAGAGCUUAUCUUAGCCCAUUGCCAUUACGUUUCACUGCCGACGGAGCUUAUAGACGCGUUCGGCGAAUGCGCUGAGUAUCUGGACUGCAGUCACAAUCGGCUGAUGAACCUCUCGCACUUGUAUGAGUUUAAGAAUUUGAAAUAUCUGAUUCUAGACAAUAAUCGACUGCAUGAAGCGCAUUUCGAGCAGCUGCAAUGGGCGCUGCCGAAGGUGAAGGUGCUGAUGUUGAACCGCAAUGAGCUAAUGGACCUUCAGAGAACUAUUAAACUUUUGGCGAGCAUAUUCCCACAUCUUGAGUAUCUCAGUUUGCACGGUAACCCGAUUUGUCCCGAUGAAUUAGAACUGCAGCCAUUUAGUGAAUACGUGAAUUAUGAAUACGAAUACUACAGAUCACAGGUUUCAGGCGCUUUUGGUAAACUAAAAUUUCUAGAUCAUCAUGAUCUGCAGAGAGAAUCGAUGUCACGUCCAGUACCUUCAAAACAAACAACACCUAGUUUUAGUUUUUGGCUAAAAACAAGAAACCAGAGCGAUCAAUUCAUGAGCAAAGGUUUAAAAUUCGGUAACGUAAUUGGUCCGAGGUUACGCAGCUCAAUGCAUAAUACAGAUUCAGAGAUAGACAAAAGCAUUACAAACAAAGAUUUGUAAUGGCAUAUCAGUGUAUGAAAUAAAAAUGUUAAAUUCCGUGCUAAA